CGCUGACGCCAUCAGCUCCGCUCCCCACUCAGGCUGGUGACUUGCGGGCUGUUGUUGACUCACAGACUGGUGACUGGUUACGGACUCAUUCCUCCUCCAGAGAAAGACUUUCACUUUAAUCGACUCACUCGCUUCAACCGAUAGAUAGUGACCAUGGUGUGCGGCGGGUUCACCUGCUCUAAGAACGCACUGUGCUCCCUGAAUGUGGUGUACAUGAUGGUCGGGCUGCUGCUCAUAGCAGUGGCGGCCUGGGGCAAGGGCUUCGGCCUGGUGUCCAGCAUCCACAUCAUCGGGGGGGUGAUCGCAGUGGGCGUCUUCCUGCUGCUCAUCGCCAUGGUGGGGCUGGUGGGGGCUGUCCACCACCACCAGGUCAUGCUCUUCUUUUACAUGGUCAUCCUCUUCAUCGUCUUCCUGUUCCAGUUUGGGGUGUCCUGCUCCUGCCUGGCCAUGAACCGCGGCCAGCAGGAGACCCUGCUGAACUCGGCCUGGGGGAUGCUGCACAACAGGACCAAGGUGGAGCUAGAGAACAAGCUCAACUGCUGCGGCCUGCUGGACACCAACGCCACUCACGCACAGUUUGACCUGGACGUCUCCACCUGCAACGCUCCCUGUAAGCAUACCAGCUGCUUACAGUGCGGCGACAUGAUGCUGGACCACGCCAGCGAGGUGCUGAAGAUCCUGGGCGGGGUGGGGCUCUUCUUCAGCUUCACCGAGAUCCUGGGCGUCUGGCUGGCGGUCCGCUACAGGAACCAGAAGGACCCCCGGGCCAACCCCAGUGCCUUCCUAUAGUUGACCCCUCCGCAGCCUCCGUCCCCCGCACCCCCCCGUCAGAGCAGUCUGUAGGUCCACUGGUACACGUAGAACCCCCCUGUAGGCAGACCUCAUCUGGGCGUCACACCAACUACCCGUACUGGUAGCCUGUGGCUGCUGGAUGUAAUCAACCCUUCUUCAAUAUUGCCUUUCCCUUUGGUUUUGUGCCAAAUUCCCUUACAUUGAGUCUGAGGACCCUGGGAUACGCGGUGUGGAACUGAGAGGUCUAUCCUGGUGGCGGUGUCCAGACACCGGCUGGAUCUGAGUAGCGGAGAUCCCAUCGCAGCUCUCUGUAGAGUCUAGCCUUGAUUGCAUGUGUCCUUGUACAUACGUGCCCCACGCCCCUUUAUUUGCCACGGUUGCAUUUCCUUAGCCAACGUGAUACUGCGUCUUCUCUUCUACUAACUGGUAUGCACCUUCUUCCCAAUACCUCCUCAGUCUGUAACUCGCCCACAGUUACCUGUGUGUCACGGUCCAAUGUUGACGGUAGGGGCGGGCCUGUACCUGUGUGGGUCGGUCCAAUGUUGACGGUAGGGGCGGGCCUGUACCUGUGUGGGUCGGUCCAAUGUUGACGGUAGGGGUGGGUCUGUACCUGUGUGUCACGGUCCAAUGAUGACGUUAGGGUUGGGUCGGUCCAUAAUGACUGUAGGGGUGGGUCGUGUGUGGGACGGUCCAAUGUUGACGGUAGGGGUGGGUCUGUACCUGUGUGUCACGGUCCAAUGAUGACGGUAGGGUUGGGUCGGUCUAUAAUGACUGUAGGGGUGGGUCGUGUGUGGGACGGUCCAAUGAUGACGUUAGGGGUGGGUCGGUCUAUAAUGACUGUAGGGGUGGGUCGUGUGUGGGACGGUCUAAUGAUUGAGUUGAGGUAUCAUGGGACAGGCAGAGCUUUUGAAGGAUGGAAGGCAAACAUCAUGCGUGUGAAGUAAUUUAUUAACCUGUGUGGAUGCUCUUUAUUGAUAGUUUUCCGAUGUGCUGAAGCCAGGAAUGCUGAGAUUUAUUUGGGGGCUUUGGGAGCUAGGUAAUUUGAGUAAAACCGUGUUCAACUCUUUCUGAACUUGUGAAACUGAGCCAACUCACUGAAACAGUCCCGGUGGGUGGAAUACCAAGGUACAGCCGCCUCCAUCUUGUACAUAGUGUUUAGUAUAGUUGAUGAACUCAUGUUGGGUUUAGCCUGUGGUCCACCAUCCAGUAGGAGGCGCUGAGGACAACUAUCCAUCCUUUGUAUGUCUAUGUUCCUUAAGGUCUGCUUAGCGUACAGUCCUCCGUUAACGGCGUCACUUCUUAUGAAACUGGAAGACAGAGGAGGAAUUUGGGUGGUGCUGUUGAUUUGAAUUCAUCAGUUCUCUGGGUUCAUAGACAAUGAGAUGGUGCUAUUCUGUUAACUCUGCUUUAGUACAUUGGUCGCACUGCUGAUUUCCUUUUUUUAAUAUUUCUUUUGUCUUUUUGCCAAUAUAUGUUAACUAUUGCCAUUCUUUAAACAGUGUUAAAAUAUUUGUGAAAACAUUGAUGUUUUUGCUGAAUCUAUUUAAGUGCUGAUCAUGCACAUUAGGUUACAAUGUUUUGAUUUUAAGAUUUGUACUUGCUAUGUAAUUAUUUGUUGUUUUCCAGUGAAACACUUUCCCGUUGAGAAAUGAUGGCUUGUAUAUUCAUCUUUAGGCUUUUCAGUGACACUACACAUCAAAUUACCUCCUGUGUGUGAACCUUCAUGUUUGCUUGGGGUUAUUGCAGUUUCAAAUAGCUUUUUAACAUUUGAUUAGUGAUCCAUCACUCCGUACAGCACACCUUCUCAAAGUUUGUCAAAUGUUCUGUCUUGGUUUCAUUUUUGUCUUAAUUUUCAAAAUAAAUGAAACCUCAAAUUGGA